UUUGUAUUACAAACUAUUAAUUUAACUCAGUUGAAUAUUUGAACCACUAUUUUGUCUGGAUUUCUUUGUUCUACACCCACCAAUUCACAGAUAAAUGUGCUCUGAUUGGUAGUAUACUAACUUUGUCAUUUCCAGGAAAAAAAGGAGCAAUCGAGAGUGAAACCAUGGAAAAUCAGCACCAAACAUCAAUGUCAUCCACCCCUUUGCUAGCCAAAGACAGAGGUGACAGCUCACCGCGGCCGCCAGCAGCAGCAGCAGCAACUGCAGUUGUUAUAUUGAGUACUUUGGUUGCUAUUUCUGGUUCCUUUGUCUUUGGUGCUUCAGUGGGAUUUUCAUCACCUGCUGAAUCUGGAAUGAUAUCUGACCUAGACUUAACUUUGGCACAGUAUUCAGUCUUUGGAUCGAUAUUGACAGUUGGAGCAAUGAUGGGUGCAGUAGUAAGUGGCCGGAUAGCAGAUAAUUUUGGGAGACGGGGUGCUAUGGCAUUGUCGGAACUUCUUUGCCUUGUAGGAAGUCUUACAAUUGUAUUUGCUAAGGUGGCUUGGUUACUUGAUACUGCAAGGCUAUUUAACGGUGUUGGAAUUGGGAUCCUUUCUUAUGUAGUACCUGUGUAUGUUGCUGAAAUCACCCCUAAAAACCUUAGAGGAAGAUUUACCGCAGCCCAUCAGUUGAUGAUUUGCUGUGGUGUGUCAACAAUGUGGCUUGUUGGAACUAUCAUUCAUUGGCGAGUCCUUGCCGUAAUUGGGCUAAUUCCAAGUAUCCUACAGUUUCUAGGUGUGUUCUUUAUCCCGGAGUCCCCACGUUGGCUUGCAAAGAAUUCAAGAUGGGAAGAGUGUGAAGAUGUUUUGAAGUCCCUAAGGGGACAACACGCUGAUACUUCAGCAGAAGCUGCUGAGAUUAAGGAGUAUACAGAAACCCUUCAGCAUUUAUCUGAAGCAAAGUUUCUAGACCUAUUCAAAAGAGAAUACACGCGUUCACUGAUAGUAGGAGUUGGGCUGAUGGUCUUCCAACAAUUUGGAGGUGUUAAUGGGGUUGUAUUUUAUGCAAAUUCUAUAUUCGAAUCUGCUGGUUUGUCGGGAAGAGUGGGGACACUAGCAAUGGUUGCAAUUCAGAUUCCUAUGACAGUUGUGGGCACUGUAUUGAUGGACAAAUCUGGACGACGACCUCUUCUAAUGAUUUCGGCAGCUGGGACUUGCUUGGGUUGCUUCUUGACAGGAUUAUCAUUCUUGCUCCAGGAUUUUCACAUGUGGAAUACUGAAGCUCCCUUUUUGGCACUUAUUGGAGUGUUGAUGUUCUCGGCAUCCUUCUCAUUGGGAAUGGGUGGUGUACCAUGGGUAAUUAUGUCCGAGAUUUUUCCAAUGAAUGUGAAGGGUUUAGCUGGUAGUCUUGUCACAGUAGUAAAUUGGCUUGGCUCGUGGAUGAUUUCAUUUACCUUCAACUUCUUGAUGAGCUGGAGCUCAUCUGGUACUUUCUUCAUAUACUGCAUCAUUUGUGGUGCAACUGUUGUUUUUGUUGCGAUGCUUGUACCUGAGACUAAGGAGCGUACAUUGGAAGAGAUACAGGCAUCCAUGAAUCCCGCAACAUCAAGCAGAUAGAUAAAUUCACUGAAACUGAUACGUAGAGGUAAAGACAAAAGAGGUCAUUUUUCUGUUAGGUCUUUUUAUCCAAAAUGUUACCGUGAAUCUGCAGUGUUACUUGUGAAUAUUGCAAUCAUCUUAAACCAUGUACUACAAAUCAUAUGUUGUCAUUUUUGUUACACAGUUUGGCAUACACAUCACAAAGAUGCCCAAGACGCUAUAACUCCUA